CUUAAGUGCUGAGGAAUAGGCUGCACGCUUCAAUACCGAGCUGCCACGGGCGUUAAGCCACGCCCACUCAACCUAAACGCAUCUUUCUGCCCGUCUGAGCACUUUGUGAGGAGGAGUAGUGCUUUUCAUAGAAGUAUUUACUGCCAAGGAUCGUGAUUGGACUUUCAACAACAAUGGCUUUCAACCCGGGCGCGGCGCCUUUCGCGCCGGGAGCUGGUUUCAUGAGCCCCGAGGUGGCCGCCAUUAAUGACCUGAUGGACCGCCUGUCGCUCGCGUGCAAGGAGGAGGCGCCCCGGGCAGCGGCCGCGGCAGCACCCAAGCCGGUCGCCUCCGCAGCCGCGGCUGCGGCCAAGCCUGCGGCCCCCAGCGGUGGCAUUAAGAUCAUGCGCGCUGGCGCGCCGGCAGGCGCCCCCGCCGCGGCAGCCCCUGCCGCAUCCGGCUGGGGCGCGGGCGGCGCCAGCGCUGCGUCGCGCGGCGGCGUGAGCCGUGACAACGCCGCCAAGGAGAUUGGCGAGUACGUCAAGGCCCGCGGCGUGCGCGUGCUUAAGACGUCGGGUCUACGCGACCAGCUGGCGCUGAUGGCGGAUGACCAGAACAACGCCGUGGCCCGUGAGGCCGCGCUGCUGGCGUACGCGGCGCUGUGCGACUGCGUGGGCACCGCCGUGGAGCCGUUCGUGGCGCCCAUGCUGCCCGUGUUUCUCGAGCGCCUCAGCGACAAGAUCGCCGUGCGCGCCGCCGCCGACCAGGCCUGCCAGGCGCUGGCCCGGCUGCUGCACCCGGAGGCGGUGCCGCGCUGCAUGCCCGCCAUCCUGUCGGGCGCCAGCCCCGCCAAGAAGUGGCAGUGCAAGGAGGGCGCGUUCAAGAUCAUCUCCACGCUGUGCGAGACGGCGCCGGACGCGGUGCAGGCCGCGCUGCCCGACAUCGUGCCCGUGGUGAGCGACGGCAUUGUGGAUGCCCGUGACGAGGUGAAGGAGGCGGCGGUGGCGGCGGCCGAGAGCGCCUUUGCGCUGGCCGGCAACCGCGACAUCGCGCCCUGCGUGCCCUCCUUCCUCACCUGCAUCCGCAACCCCAAGGAGACGGCCGAGGCCAUCCUCAAGCUGUCCGGCACCACCUUCGUGCAGGCCGUUGAGGCGCCCGCGCUGGCCGUGAUGUGCCCGCUGCUGAUCAAGGGCCUGAAGGAGGAGACGGCCAUCAAGCGCAAAGCCGCCAACAUCAUCGCCAACAUGUCCAAGCUGGUGCUGGUGCCCGCAGAUGCUGACACCUUCCUGCCCAAGCUGCUGCCCCGCCUGGAGGCGGCCGCCAACGAGACGCCCGACCCGGAGUGCCGCUCCGUGUGCGCCGCCGCCGUGACCACGGUGCGCCGCGUGGCGGAGGCGGCGCACUCGGCGCGCAUGGCGGAGGACGACGAGCGCAAGGUGCUCAAGGAGGCGGAGGUGGAGGCCAUGCUGACGGCCGUGCUGGGCGCCAACGGCGCUGACGUGGCGGGCGACCCGCUCAUGGGCGUGGCGGUGUCGUACUGCGCCGCCAUCGCAACCGUCAUGGUCAACAAGAAGAACACCGACCCGGCCAAGUGGCAGGACAAGAUCAUUGAGCCGUUCCUGCUGUCCUUCCUGGACGGCGGUGACGAGGCCGCCGCCAAGGUGGCUGAGGCCUGGAGCCAGCAGUGCGAGGCAGCCAGCCACGUGGUGGUGGACGACGGGCUGUCGGACGACGACGAGGACGUGCUGUGCAACUGCGAGUUCUCGCUGGCCUAUGGUGGCAAGAUCCUGCUGAACAACGCGCGCCUGCGCCUGAAGCGCGGCCGCCGCUACGGCCUGUGCGGCCACAACGGCGUGGGCAAGACCACACUCAUGCGCGCCAUCAACAACGAGAAGGUGGAGGGCUUCCCGCCCAAGGACCAGGUGUGCUCGGUGUACCUGGAGUCGGACAUCGCGCCGGAGAUGGCGGAGUACCCCAUCGUGGAGUUCGUGUUCAAGGACCCCACGCUGCAGGUCAAGGCCACGCCGCCCAGCAUGGAGGAAGUGGUGGAGAUGUUGCGCAACGUGGGCUUUGACGACGAGCGCCAGAAGAACCAAGUGGGCUCGCUGUCGGGCGGCUGGAAGAUGAAGCUGGCGCUGGCGCGCGCCAUGCUCAUGAAGCCCGACAUCCUGCUGCUGGACGAGCCCACCAACCACCUGGACGUUGUCAACGUGGCCUGGCUGGAGGACUACCUGGUCCGCGUCAUCCCGCGCGUCACGUGCUGCAUCGUGUCGCACGACUCGGGCUUCCUAGACAACGUGUGCACGGACAUCAUCCACUACGAGCAGCGCAAGCUCAAGUACUACCACGGCAACCUGUCGGAGUUCGUCAAGGUCAAGCCCGAGGCCAAGUCCUACUACACGCUGGCGGCCGCCACCCUGCGCUUCAACUUCCCCAAGCCCUCCUUCCUGGACGGCGUCACGUCGGGCGAGAAGCCCGUGCUGGCCAUGAAGAAGGUCACGUUCAGCUACCCCGGCGCCGCCAAGCCGCAGCUGGAGCAGGUCACGUGCUCUUGCCGCAUGUCCAGCCGCGUGGCCAUCCUGGGCCCCAACGGCGCGGGCAAGUCCACGCUCAUCAAGCUCAUGACUGGCGAGCUCAAGCCCGACAGCGGCACGGUCAACAAGCACAUCAACGUGCGUGUGGCCUACGUGUCGCAGCACGCGCUGCACCACCUGGAGGACCACCUGGACAAGACGCCCAACCAGUACAUCCGCCUGCGCUACGGCAAGGGCGAGGACAAGGAGGAGGCGGAGAAGGUGACGCGUGUGCUGAGCCCCGAGGAGGAGGAGGCCAUCAAGAAGCAGAUCUGGGUCAUUGACGGCCAGAACCGAGUGCUGGAGAAGCUGCUGGGCCGCCGCAAGAAGAAGAAGUCGUUCGAGUACGAGAUCAAGUGGGUGGGCCUGUCCUCCAUCGAGUUCAACAGGUGGACCAUGCGCGAGGUGCUGGUGGAGCGCGGCUUUGAGAAGCUGUGCCGCGAGAUGGACGACAAGAUCAACGCCGAGAAGGGCGAGGCGGCGGCGAGGCCGCUCACGCUCGCCAGCGUGGAGCAGUACCUGCAGGACUUCGGUCUGGAGCCCGAGUUCGGCACGCACAGCGCCAUCCGCGGCCUGUCGGGCGGCCAGAAGGUCAAGCUGGUGCUGGCGGCCGCCAUGUGGCACUGCCCGCACCUGCUGGUGCUGGACGAGCCCACCAACUACCUCGACCGCGACUCGCUGGGCGCGCUGGCUCAGGCCAUCAAGGAGUUUGGCGGCGGCGUGGUGAUGAUCUCGCACCACAGCGAGUUCGUGGGCGCGCUUGCGACUGAGAUCUGGGAUCUCAAGGACGGCAAGCUGUCGUGCCACGCGAAGGAGGAGAAGGACGAGAAGGCGGAGCACUAAAGAUUUGGGUGCGGUGCGGUGGUGGUCUGUGGUGGUGGGCGGAUGAAGGCGCGCGGUGCAGGGAAGCGGGGCGUGGGGGGGGGGGCGCAGGGGGCGUGUGAUGGACGGGUGCGACCACAGGGAGGCGGGCUGCCAGAGGGCGGCAGUCCAGCGGUGGUCAGGCGUCAGAAACGGGCCAAAAGAGCCUGUACGGCCCCAAAGGCCGAGAGGGGUUGUGUGAGGGAGCCGGUGAGUGUUAGGGCAUGCUCGCAAUGCGCGAGGCGAGGCAACGCCAUGCCGUUUUGUUAUGAGAGGAUGAGAGAAGACGAACCCUGAUAGGGCAGUGAGCUGAGGCAGCUGCGCUGUGCCCGUGUCUGCCGUUCGCUUUAUUGGGCGACGAAGAUGGCCGGGGACGCAGUCAAAUUCAGAGUAUGCUGAAGGCUGAGUGAUCAGGAGCGGCGUCAGUGCGCGUGCAUCGUUCGAUGGGUGAUGCGGGCGGAUAGAGCGAUGGCAUGAACAUGGGCGAGUGCUGAUUUGUCCUGGAAUUCGUGCCGUCCUGACUCCGUUGUUUGAGUGCGAAUUCUUUUGGAUCGCUGCGAGUGAGACAUGUGAGCGGCCAUGAAAACCCCAAAGAGGGUUGGUGCGAUGGGCGAUGGGCGGUCAGGCGCCGGGGCUGGCUGUGAGUGGGAAGUCCAACGACGCGGCGUUUGUUGUGCGUCGCUGUGCGGGGUCUUCCAGGGGCCUCCGCCACCCCAGGGUGCCGGCUGCUAUGUAAGGAGCGCUAAGA